AUGGAUCCUGCUGGCCAGACCCCCGCGGGGACCCUCCCCAGGGACGAGAGCCCCGAGAUGGAUCUGUCCCACCGGUUCUCCAAGGCAGAGCUGGACCAGCUCUAUGAGGAGGUUCUCUACACCAUCCGACACCGCCUGGGCAAGCCCGAGCCCCACCAGGUUGCAGACUCCCAGGAGCUCUACUCCUACGUGCAAAAGGCUUUCGGCAUGGAUGCGAAGGAGCACAGUGUCAUCAUGCAGCAGGUCAUGGAACUGGAGAGCCCAAUUUACUGCCUGAAAGCAACUGUGAAGGAAGCCAAGGGGAUUUUGGGCAAAGAUGUCAGUGGCUUCAGCGACCCGUACUGCCUGCUGGGCAUCGAGGCCAAGAGCCAGGAGCCAGCCCACCCCGACCACAGGAAGAGGAUGAAGGCUGUGGUCAAAGACCUCAUCCCUGAAGACCAGAUCCAUCGCACACAAGUCAUAAGCCAGACCCUCAGCCCGGUGUGGGACGAGACGUUUAUCCUGGAGUUUGAAGAUGUGGAGACAGCCAGCUUCCACCUGGACAUGUGGGACUCGGACGUGGUGGAGUCGAUGCGGCACAAGCUGGGGGAGCUGACGGACCUCCACGGCCUCAAACGGAUCUUUAAAGACGCUCGCAAAGACAAAGGGCAGGAUGAUUUCCUGGGAAAUGUGGUCCUUCGGCUGAAGGACCUGCACUGCUGGAAUGACCAGUGGUACCAGCUGGAGCCACGGACCGAGACGUAUCCCAACCGGGGAGACUGUCACCUGCAGUUCCUACUGACCCACAAGAAGAGGGCCACCACGAGCAGCCGGACACAGCCGAGCUACACUGUCCAUCGCCACCUCCUGCAGCAGCUGGUGUCCUAUGAGAUCCUUCAGCACCAGGCUGGGAGCAUCUCCUGGGAUGGGGAGCUGAGCAGCCACGCCAGCACCGUGCUGUACCUGCACGCCACACAGAAGGAUAUCUCUGACUUCCACCAGGUCAUGGCGAAGUGGCUGGCAUACAGCAAACUCUACCAGAGCCUCGAGUUCAACAGCAACUGCCUCCUGCACCAGAUCACCAGCAUCGAGUACCAGUGGGCACAGGAGCGCCUCAGGCCAGAGCAGAAAGCUGAGCUGGCCGAGUCCUUCCAGUCCUUGCUGACCUACGGGGUCUCCCUCAUCCGGAGGUACCGCAUCAUUUUCCCCCUCUCUGUCCCGAGGUCCAAGGAGAGGCUCCAGUCCCUGCUCCGGGUCCUGGUCCAGAUGUGCAAAACAAAAGCUUUCCACGAGUUGUGCACGCUCAGCCCCGACCUGCCCCAGAUGAUCUCCACGGCACUGAAGUCAGGCACGACAGAAUGGUUUCACAUGCAGAAGGAGCACCUCAAGCCCAUAGUGAAGAGCAUGGAGGAGAAUGGAAAAGCCUUGUCCAGACUCCUCCUGGAGGUGAUAGAAGAUCUCCAGCAGUGCCACAAAAUCUGGAAUAAAUUCUUCAUUAACACCUUCAAGUUGAAUAUCUUCUCCAUUGCCUACCUGGAGCUGGAGAGCCUGGUUGCAGAACAUGUCCAGGAGCAACUGCACGAGGUCGACAGCAGCAUGUCCAAGCCCACAGCUGAGAGCCUUUUCCAGCUCUACAUGAACCUGCAGGAGCUCUAUCGGAUGAAGGACUUCCUCCCGAGGAGGGAUGGACCUCUGGCUCUGAGCAAUUUCCACCAGUGGUUCAAGGAAGCUGUGCCCCAGUGGCUGCAAAAGGCCUACAACACUGCACUGGAGAGGGCUCAGAGAGCUGUCCAGAUGGACCAGCUGAAGCCUUUUGGGGAGCACAACAAGCACAGCACCUCCACUGUUGACCUGUCCACCUGCUACGCCCAGAUCGUGAAGACCUGGCAGCAGCUCAACUGGCCGGACCCCGAGGAAGCCUUCAUGAUCAUGGUGAAGCUCGUGGAGGAUAUGUGCAAAAUCUCCCUGAUGUACUGCCGGCUCAUCAAGGAGAGGGCUGAGGCUCUGUCCCUGAGUGAGCAGAAUGAGGGCGAAGCAGCCAACAGGCUCUGCAUCGUGGUGAACAACAUCAAGCAGCUGCGGGUGCUGAUCCUGAGGCUCCCGACGCAGCUGGACUGGGCGCAGCUGGAGCAGCGCACGGGGGCCGUCAUCGACCGGCAGCAGAUCCAGCACACGCUGCACCACCAGCUCGACAGCACCGUGUCCUGCCUGGACCACGAGGUCCGGGACGUGGUGCAGGCCCUGGCCACCAAGCUGGAAAAGGGCAUUGCCAGACAUAUCCAGGAGCUCUCAUCUUCUAAUAACACCAAGGAGCCUGAGGAUUCCAUCAUCCCACUCAUGAAGUUCCUGGAGUCGGAACUGCAGUAUCUCAACGAGCAUCUGGUCCAGGAGAACUUCAAAAGCCUCCUCACUCUCCUCUGGCACCACACCCUGUCUGUGCUCUCGGCAGCAGCAGCACCACAGGUCCCCUCAGCCCAGCACUACAAGAGGCUGCACUGUGCCCUGAAGAGCCUGGAGCUGUGCUUCUACGGCGAGGGCUGUGGGCUGCCACUGGAGAUCCUGCACACUGCAGCCUUCCUGUCGCUGGAGACCCACCUGGCCCUCUGCUCCGCCAGCAGCCGCAAGCUCAUCCAGAAAUACUUCAGCAACAGGAUCAAGCAGCAGCUGGACACGAGCUCGGAGAAGUUUGGGGCCGUGACGAUCAAGGCUCUGUACCGCCCUUCGGAGCAGAAACUCCGUGUGGAAGUGCUCAACGCUGCCAACCUCAUCCCUCUGGACUCCAACGGCUCCAGCGACCCCUUUGUCCAGCUCACCCUGGAGCCCCGGCACGAGUUCCCCGAGGUGGUGGCCCGGACCACCCAGUGCAAGAGGAACGAGCUGCACCCCCUCUUCGACGAAGCCUUUGACUUCUUGAUCCCCCCGGAGAAGUGCCGGCAGGAGGGGGCCUGUCUGCUGCUGACCGUGUUCGACUACGACACACUGGGGUCCAAUGACCUGGAGGGUGAAGCCUUCUUCCCCCUCUGCCACCUGCCCGGCCUCAAUGAUGAUGAGGACAAGGCUGACAUGGGACGGGUGCCCCAGACCCGCCUCCCCCUCACCCACCCCAAACCCAAUGGGGACGAGAUCCUCCGGCUGCUGGAGUCCAGGAAAGGGGACAAAGAGGCUCAGGCCUUUGUUAAGCUCCGUAAGCAACGAGCCAAGCAGUCCAAGGAGACACAGUCCAAGGAGGCAGAGUGAGGGAGGCAGAAGAAGAGGGUCCUGAAAUGAGGGGUCUGGCCAGUGGAUCCCAGGAGAUUUGUGGUGCUGGAGCAAGAGCCAUCCACAGGGAUUAGGGGGGACAGAGAGGACCUCCGUGCCCCCCAUCACCUCCCAGCACCCAUCUCACCCCCACCUUUGGGAAGCAACACUCCCAUGAGCCUGGGGAGGGUGGGCACAUGGAUUUCAGGGGAUUUCUUCGCCUGUCUGGACUAGGAACACUACAAGAGGGAUGUGAAAGACUGUGACUGUCCCUGCCUGUUCCUCAGGAGCUUGUCACUGCCUGUGCCACAUCUCCUGGCCCUGUUCCCAACCCUCCUGCCUGCAACAGGCAUCAGGGCAAUGCAAACACAUCCAAGUUGAUUCAGUCUGAGUGCAACCAUGUCCAAAGCUGCCUUCAUUUUAUUUUUUUUUUUACUGUUUUAAAUCUUUUUUCCCCUCUUUUUCUUGUGGAUAAGCCUCUUAUUUUAAAUGAAAAGCCACAAAGCUGAUGCGUGGGUUGAGUCUGUGCAGUGGCUCUGUGCUGAGGGCAGCUGUGGCAGCAGCACAGCGGGGUGGGACAAGGCAUUUGGGAUGUGGUGGGAGCUACUGAAAUGUGUAUAGUUCUU